AUGAAAAUAGAAAAUUGGUGGUUACGCUCACGUGACGGACGUUUCGAUGAAACCGCUGAUGCACUGAAGAAACAUAUGGUAUUUCGAAAAGCAUGGGAUCUCGAUAAUUUAUCCAAUUGGAAAGCACCUGAAAUUUUAGAGAAAUACUGUGGUUAUGGAUUCUUAUCAGAUAAAGAUGGUUUUCCCAUACUUAUGUCUUUGUUGGGUAAUAUGGAUGUUGAAGGAAUGUUGAAAUCGGUGCAAUCCAGUGACUACAUCAAAUAUUCUCUUGCUGCAAUUGAACGGGGUAUGCGAUUAUGCGGCGAUAAAUCCAAAGAGACUGGACAUGCAUUCGAGCAAAUGAUGAUUGUUUUUGAUUUGGAUCAUAUCAGUAGUGCGCAUUAUUCAUGUAAAGCAUUUGCAUCAUCUUUUACAACACUUAUACUACUUUUUCAAGAGCACUAUCCAUUGGUACUUAAAAAAGUUCUUAUAAUUCGAGCACCUGAAAUGGCCAGGCUUGCAUUUAAUACGAUGACCGCAUUUUUAAAUGAUAAAAUACAGGUAAAAUUUUAA